UGAGCAUGGUUAUAAUGCAACCUCGGCUCAUACACCCUAAAAGUGGUACUGGACUCGCCCAUCGCAGUUUGACUUGGGGGAAGGGUUGGUUGCUUUUUUCGUCUGACUUUUGCGCAGCGCGAUCGGCAAAAGUUCUGGCAACCGACUUUAAUUAGUAGAGAAAGUAUCCUUUAGAGGUUUAACCAGCCAAGUGUCUGUAUAUAUGCAGCUUUGGGUUGAACAUGGCCAGCUGACCGGGACAAGAGGGCGAUCGGCAUUGACCGCAGCUGAAGGUUCUGCUAUCGCUCGCUCGGACACCAUCUGGCGCAAAACGAUCCAAUCAGGAGCUAGAUGUUUCUUCUUCCUUCCAAGUGUAGGUGAGCCAUGGCCAUGGUUAUUCAUUCCACAAUGCUUGUCGUGUAUUGGCCUUGUCUUGGGAGCAUCCGCUGGAAUUCUCACCCCCAUCUUUGUCUGGACUAAAUCCUUUAAGGCUGGCGUCCGCGGCCACUGGCCAGACCUUCUCUCUUGGGAUAGAACUCCGUACGUUUGGGCACAAGAAUCCACGCACUAACUGUGUUCGUCAUCGCUGGGCCUCGUCCAGACCAUGCCACUGUGGAUGCAAGAGGAGUAUCUAUCUGCAAACGUGG